CGACGGCAGCGCAGGCGCACGUUUUAAAAUGGAAUACUUGAAACUUUUUUUAUUUCUGGCCUUCGCGGCUUCGGUCUCUGGGACGGGGCCCGAUCCCGUGGUGAGGGUGGCUCACGGCCAGCUUCAGGGGAUAUGGCGCGAGUCCACCCGGCACGGCAGAAAGUUCGCCAGCUUUCUAGGAGUACCCUACGCGCGCCCCCCAGUCGGCAAAUACAGGUUCAGGGAGCCGCAGAGCCUGAAGCCAUGGCUGGGCGUAUGGGACGCCAGCAAGACUCUAUCCGUGUGUCUGCAGUACGAACCCUUUGAGAAGAGGAUCGUCGGUGACGAGAACUGUCUGUUCCUGAACAUCCACACCCCGCGGCUGGACACGAGCGCGCUGCUGCCGGUGGUGGUGUGGGUGCACGGCGGCGCCUUCAUGUACGGCGCGGGCUCACUCUACGACGCCCAGCACCUGAUGGACAGGGACGUUGUCGUGGUCACCUUGAACUACCGGCUGGGACCGCUAGGUUUCCUAAGCACGGGCGACGGGGUGGUCCCCGGAAACGCGGGGCUGAAGGACCAGGCCUUCGCCCUCAAGUGGAUCCAGGAGAACAUCAAGAUGUUCGGUGGCGACCCCCACAGCGUCACUCUCACGGGCUGCUCGGCCGGCGGCGCCAGUGUACACUACCACUACCUCUCGCCGCUUUCCAAAGACACCUUCAACCGUGGAAUCGCAUUCAGCGGGUCCGCGUUCGCGUCGUGGACUCACACCGUCAAGCCGCUGCAGAAGGCCAAGGCUCUGGCCGCCAUCGUGGGCUGCCCCACCACUAGUACCAAGGAGAUGGCCGACUGCCUGCGCUACAGACCGGCGGAGCAGGUCGUCAACGCGCAGAUCGAGAUGUUCGAUUGGCGCGUGCACAUGUUCACGGUGUUCACGCCGACCGCGGAGUUGAACUCCAAGGGCGCGUUCCUCACCCAGUACCCGUACCACGCGGCCACCGCCGGCGCCAUGCACCACCUGCCGCUUAUCACCUCCGUCACGUCCGAGGAGGGACUCUAUCCCGCCGCCUGUUACCAAACCGAGCCCGAUCUCCUGGACGACCUGGAGUCCCGCUGGAGCCACCUCGCCAGCAACAUCUUCGAGUACAACGACACUCUGCCCCUGGACCGGCGCGCCGCCGUCGCCGACAAGAUCAAGGAGCACUACCUGGGCGGUAGACCAGUCAGCCAGGAGACUUUCCCUGAGCUAGUCCAGGCUCUAGGCGACCGUCUCUUCGUGGUGGGCGUGGGUAUGAACGCGCGGCUGCACGCGGCCAAGACCGGCCAGCCCACCUACCUGUACCGCUACAGCCAUCGCGGACAACACAGCCUGUCGGAGAUGAUGGCCGGGAACGAUAACAACUACGGUGUCAGCCACGGCGACGACACGUUCGAGAUAUACAAGGCGAUGUGGUCGUCGGAGUCCCCCGAAGACGUCGACAUGAGGGAGGCGCUCCUGGACAUGGUCUACAGCUACGCAUCCACUGGCGUGCCGAAACUCCCCGGCGCGGCGGAGUGGCAACAGGUGGACCCCGCCGCCCCGGAGCUGCGCUACCUGGAGAUCGCGGGAGCUGACAGCAUCCAGAUGAAGUCCAGCGCCGACUUCGGGCAGAAGACGUUCUGGGACAGCCUCGGGUUCAUCGAGAACGAGAACUUCAACGUUAAGAUUAGGGACGAGCUGUAACCAGCGAACACUCGGAAACGAGUAGACGAACCGCCUGAUGAUAAGCGAUAGCUGCCCACGAUCCCGCUCUCUCCGUGCACUCUCCUCUACGAUCGGUUAAAAAUACAUACAAGCGUUCACCCUGGUUUUCUAUUCGGUAUCGAAAGAUUUAGAGCCCUUUUGCUGAUCAAUUUGACUGCGCGAGUCGCGACAUAUUAUCUGACUCGCGGCGCCAGGCGUUGACCAAUGACCGCACACUGCACAGGCUACAGCACGCAUAUUAGUUUCGAAUCCGAGUCGAACGGAAAUCGUGAAUCAGCCUAGGUCAAGCUCCCAAGUCCCAUGUACAUUGUGCCGAAGCUGCCCCACACUUGUUACUUGAAACUCCUCCGGUGUUACGAAUGCCCAUGGACUUUGCGUCAGGCGACCCGUCCGCUCGUUCGCCCUCUAUUUCAUGAAAAAUGUAUUUUAUGUU